AAUCUAUCAGCAGAAAAAAGAGAACCGCGAGUCAUUUUCUGGUGCUUCUGGUUAUCGGUCUCUCGAUUCACAGUCUCGCGGGCACAGCUCGGUCGUCCGUCCGUCGGGUCCUCGUGCAUCGUUCGUUCGGGUCCAAAUGCCAUAAUAGACGGAGUGCUGAAGUAAAAGCCGUCAUUUUUCUUUCCUCUUGUGCUGUUUUUCCUAUCUGAAAAUUGAAAGAAAUAAACCAAGUUUAGAUUUGUGCAACUGUAUCCGGAAACGUCCUUUCAACUGUUGGGAAUACGAAAACAAAGCUGGAAUCUGCCGAACGCUCCCUCAGUACGUGUCGGGCAAUUGCAAGGCGUGCGCGCACACGAGAACCUUUCAAGAAGGUUCAGGUUCGAUUUCUUCUGAAUCAAUUUCGGCAUUGGUGGCAGUGAUAAGGAACCUUAAAGACAUGCCGAACACAGUGUUGGAGCAUCCGAUUCGGAAACAAAAACUAUCGAAAAAAAUAAGCCGUUUGAAAGUGUUGAACAUUCUCAAGCUCGUUGGCGAAAUGGAUAAAAUGAAGGAAUCGGCACCCGGUGAAAGUGGUGUGGGUGGCGGCGGUGGCGGAGGACCAGGUGGUGGUGCAGGCGUUGGAGGUGACGGGUCAGGAAGCGGAACUGGUGAAGGUGACGAUGUUCACACCGAAUUCUACAAUACCGGUCGCAUUGGGAGACGUAACGCGCUGCCGGAUAUUCUGGGCACGCAUUGCACUACCACGACGGCCGAUUUGCCAACACAACUAGGAGCUCUGUCGACAUCUGAUUGUCCUGCAAAACAAACCAGCACAACAGCCACCAGCAAUGAAGCUGCAGCCAAUCCCUCCACCAGUAGUGGUGGAUCGUAAAUGCUUCAACGAAAUCAAUUACUCUAGCAUUAGAAAAGUAAACAGGUAAACGUCACCUCAUUUGAAAAAGUUGGAAGGGAUGUGAAGCAUUCUUAUAGCAAACAUAAUAUUGAUGCUUUAUCAUCGCAGGACAUCCAUCCAUGCCACGUGCUCAUCACGCCAACCUGUUUGUCUUGGACGGCUGUGUUUGAUUCAAUGAGCUGCCCAUAAAUACAUUUUGAAACAGUUCAGUACGAAAGGAAUCACAAAAACAACAAUGACGUAUAGAAAAAAAGGAAUGAACCAAGAUCUCGUUUAGCUAGAAAUCAAAGUAUUGAUUGUAGAAAUUCACAAACACUGAUGACGAAGGAGCUUUGAUAUGGCUUAACAAAUUUUUGAAAAUGCAUCACAAAACUUGAAAACGAAAAUAUUUCGAAUAUGUUUUGGCUUUUUAAAUGGAAAUCUGUUUCUCGUAGUUUGAAUCGAAGAACUUGUACAUUAACUUAUUCAGUCAAAAUUUAAAACAUUCAAUUUUCUUUGUUCGUUUAAGCAGCAUACAACCAACUCAUGCCAUGUUUCUAAAGUUAGUUUAGUAAUGGAAUUAAAUGACUGCGAAGAGAUUAUUUGAGCUGUAUUAGUAAAGAAUAUAGUUUCUAGCUUAGGUACUCGAAGCAAUAGCUAUUCUCAUUGUUUCCAAGUGUAAUCUUCAUCUGUAUUAUUAGAGUACAAAGCAAUCUUGAUUUAAAUUUUCGUUUUAGCUCGUCAGACAAGUUAUCGUUGACUCAAUGUUAGAUCCAUUCACUUGAACCAUUAUAACUAAAAAUACUUAAGCUAAAUUUAUUUUAAUUCAAUUAAGCAUUCAAUUAUUCUAUAGGCUACAUUUAGUUAAACCUACAAUAUUCUACUCUUUUCCGACAAAAUGUAAUGUGUUCCGGACGUUCACUGAAAUAAAUUCAAAUUAUCCUAACUGCACGAAUGCAUUUUAUCUACAGGAAUAUUUUGGCAAAGUUGGGUCCAUGGUUCAGUAAUGUUCUUUAAUUUGAUUGAUAUUGGAAUAUUUCCUUAUUUCACAUCGAUAACAAAGCGGAGUUACGUUCUAUAAUUCAUUCAAUUUGAAUUUGGAGCGUUUACUAUAUUUAAAAUAUAUUGUCAAAAAUUGAAAACGCUUUCCUUUCUAACCAUUUAAAAAAUGUUCCUUUGGUCAAUUCAACAUUUUUUUGUUCUCUAAAAUCUUUAACUUAAUGCACGGAAUCAAUCCCAACUACAUAUGCCUGCGAAUUUCGCGAAGUUAUCAUCUGCGGAUACGACCAUACACAAUUGUGCAUUUGCUCUUGUGGAUUUUUUUCUGCUUUCUAUUGAAAAUAUUUAAUGGCAUUGAAACUGUCCACAUGUAGCAAGAGUAAUGACAUAUUUCAUUACGUUUUAAAACUGUUUUCCAUAGAAUGUAACCAACGUACCGGCCCGGAAUACUACAAAAAUAUUACCCCGUUACUUAGUCUAACAUCAGCUUUAAUUCACAUGUUUUGUAACAUAAUCUCAAACUAAUGUAACUGAACCUUAAUGUUCUAUAACGCACAAAUCGAAUUCGUUAGAGUCAAUCACAACAAUGCGUAACCUGAUUUUACUUAUCAAUAAAUUUUGUGUUAUGUCCGCUUUCAACGAAGGAAAUAAGUACGAUACGUUUAACUAUUGCUUUCUGAACAGACAGAUGGAGGGAAAUUUUCAAAAACGAUGCGCGAUUAAUUAAUUUUUGUACAUUGAUAAAGCAAAAAAAUAAAUAAAAAAUCUUUCAAUUAGUUACCCAGUGAUAAAAACUUCGAAAACAGUUCUUACUAAUUCGAAAAAAGAGUUAACGAAUUAAAAUAUUCAUAAUCGUAGAUUAGAUCUAUAAAAAUACUGAAUAAUUUUCGUAGAAAAAGUUAAUGCUGAAAGUAUUAUUCGGAUCUGUUGCAUAACAUUCGAGAAACAGGACAAAAAAAAUAGUUUGAUAAAAUGGCAACCAAUCUCGAACAUUGUUCAAUACAGCGAAAAUUAACAAAAUCAAAAAGAACUUUUUUUGUAUAAUUUUACUUAACAUAGAUUCGUUAAUUUUGCUGCUUCUUGUAUAUCUCAUCUGUGUAGUUUGAAGACAAUGUUUGUUAACAGAUAGUGAUCUGAACAAUAGAUCAAUUUUUGUGGUAGUCAUCAGUUGCAAAAAUUUCUUGUUUGAAAAUUGAAAGAGAAACAAAGUUUCGUUGCCAGAACAACAAAAAAAACAUCUUUCUACCGAUUUUCUAUAAGAUCUUAUACAUACGCUAAGAACAGAAAGGAAAGAUUAAAUCUUAUCCUGUUGUGUCAAUUGAAUUGAACAAAGCCCACAAAUAUUACAAAACAUACCACACUAAUUAAAAGUUAAGGAACGUUUAAAUGAGUCAAUAAGUUGGAUGUGUGAAAUUGAUGAGAGCUGUCAGUUAAACAGAAACAAUAAAACCAACAAACCAAACCGACAACAGCUAACAGGUGGACUAGUAAAAUUUAAAAUUUUAUAUGUUGGCCCUUAACCAGAUUGAAGCUCUAGGUACACAUUGUAAUAUUAUUAUAUAUUUAUAAAAUUACAAUUAUUUAUUACCGGAACAAUAAAAUGAUAAAAAACUGAAACAAG